AUGAGCACUUUGCAGGCUCGUUUCCGAUUUCAGAUGCUGCGAGCAUUAUUUUUCAUCUGUCUAAAGCUUGUUUACGCAUCUCCAGUUACCGGAGGCGAGGAGGAACACCAUGAACCGCCCGGAUCAGCUACAUUCUGGUACAAGCUGGCUAUUAGCAUCGCGUUGGUGCUAGCGGGAGGCGUGUUUGCGGGAUUGACUUUGGGUCUUAUGGGGCUCGAUGAACUCCACUUGCGCGUUCUGUCUACCUCCUCGGAUGACCCUACCGAGAGAGCGAACGCGAAUAAAGUAUUGAAACUUCUCGGCAAAGGUCGCCACUGGGUCUUAGUCGUUCUCCUGCUCGGUAAUGUGAUUGUAAACGAGAGUUUGCCGAUCUUCCUGGACAGUGCUCUUGGUGGAGGUUUGUAUGCUGUCAUUGCAUCGACCACCAUGAUCGUUAUAUUCGGGUACGUGAGCCGUCCAGCGAACCCGAGUGAGUCUGCUCUGAUCAUCCCACAGGCCGUCAGUGUCCGCUACGGCCUCUCAAUAGGCGCAAAAUGCGCGCCAGUAGUCUUAGCCAUGAUGUACCUGUUCGCACCCGUCGCGUACCCCAUCGCGAAGCUCCUGGACUACGUUCUCGGCGCCAAUGAGGCGCACACGUAUAAGAAGGCCGAGCUUAAGUCCUUCCUGCAAUUCCACCGCACCGGGGAGGAGCCCCUGCGCGACGACGAGAUUAGUAUACUGAAUGGUGUUCUGGAGUUGAAUACGAAGAACGUGGAGGAGAUCAUGACGCCGAUGAAGGACGUGGUGACCCUCAGCUCGGAUACGAUACUGGACCACAAGAUGAUUGAUGUGCUGCUCACAAGUGGGUACUCCCGGUUCCCGGUGCAUAAACCAGGGCAGCCGCUGCACUUCGUCGGCCUACUCCUGAUCAAAAAGCUACUUAAAUACGACCCGGCAACGGCUCAGCCCGUGUCGAACUUCAAGCUCUCAAUCCUGCCCGAGGCCCAUCCAUCUAUUAACUGCUUCCAGGCUCUGGAUUAUUUCCAGACCGGACGUGCGCACCUGUUGCUCAUCAGUAAGACGCCUGGUGUUCCAGGCGGUGCGAUAGGUGUCAUUACGCUUGAAGAUAUCAUUGAGGAAAUCAUCACAGAGGAAAUCGUCGACGAGACGGAUCAAUACCAAGACAACAGGAGCAAACAUCGCGCGAAGCGGAUGACUACCGCUGCUAUCAUGCGGGGAAUUGUCGAGCGUGAACGCGUCGCAUCAUCCAUCCCGCCCUCUAUAGUCGACGGCGAACGUACCCCUCUGCUUGAUCCCGGCAGUCCGCCCAACGGCACGGCGGGCGGCGGGCUGCUCAGCGCGGUUCCGCAGCGGCUGUAUGGCGGGACGAGCACUCGGCCACCGACGCCCCAUGCGGAGAGCCCGAAGCAAUAA